CCCCGGCUUUGAACUCUGCGAGCGUCGUGGCGGAAGAGAAAGAAAAGCCGAAUUUUCGAUUGGCUGUGUUAAAUAUUGCAAAAUGACUUUUUAUCAUUUUGUUAACUGUUUUGCUUUGGCAUAUGUGCCACAUUUCUUCACGUACAAAUACUCAAAACUGUCCGAGUAUGGCGCCUUCUGGAAGUGUGUCCAGGCCGGGUUCACCUAUGUGUUUGUCCAGCUGUGCAAGAUGGUCCUGCUGGCGACCUUCUUCCCAGCUGCCGAGAGCACCCCAGACCAAGGGGUGGACCUGCUGGCAGAGCUGCUGAAAACGUCCGUCGACAUCGGCGAUUUGCUGGGCAUCCAUCUGGUGAUGUCACGGGUAGCAGCUCGUGGAGAUGUCAAGGUGCUGGUGGCUGGCGUCGGCUGGUCCACGGCCGAGCUCAUCCUGACGCGCGUGCUGCCCCUCUGGGUCGGUGCGCGUGGCAUCGAGUUCAGCUGGCGCUACCUCCAGAUGAGCCUGGACGCCAACAUCAGUCUGGUGCACUACCUGUCCGUGUCGGCGCUGGUGUGGCUGUGGUCGCGGCACGACCUAGCCCGCUCGUUCCUGCCGCUCGUCGUGUCGCUGCUGGUGGUGUCGGUGCUGCAGCCGGUGCUGCUGCACCUGGCCGCCGCCGCCGGACUGGCCGCCUCGCUGCGGCUGCUGGCGCGUGCCGCCAUGGACACUGUGGUGGCCGCCGUCACCCUGCAGCUCUUCUCCGGCCUCCUGCGUGAAUCCUACUGAGGGGUACACGACAACGGCUCGCUCCUGCGAGACUCCUACUCGGGAGACACGCGGGAACGGCCGCUUCCUGCCAACUGCUGCUGAAGAGGUAGUAGGUACGCGACGACGGUCAACCGCGGUUUACGCACACCUUCGAAGCGAGAUCUCCCAGUGCGCAUGUGAUGUCGCCGUUGUUGCCCAGAAAGCAGCAGUCUCGGAGAUGGCCGUUUGAGCAGUUGGGUGCAGUCAGCAUCAGCGGUGUGUGACUGAGAACAUUGCUGAGACGGUAGGUACACGUACUUCAAUAUUUCCAUGGCAUUGCUAUUUAACACCGGGCACGUCUACCGUCCAGCGAUGGCUCUGUUGCUCACACGAGAAACCAAGGAAAGUCGAAGUCACCCUAACUGUAUACGUGUGUGUUCCCGUAGAAUCCCGUAUAUCCGAAAAUGUAUUCAUUGUUAUGUG